GAACUAGAGUUUUAGCAACACGUACUUUGCCUGCUUAUGAAAUUCUUACGGCGGCUGGUAGUGGGACUGAGUGCCGCCACUCCGAUGGCAGCUUGCGUGGCUUCCUAAACCCCAUCGCGUAAAUUCCUUAACCUUAUCAGCAGAAAAUAUGAAGAACCUUAUUGUUGAGCGCGAUGCUUGCGCGCUGCUGGACCAAACGGAGGAUGGCGCCGUGGCGAGCUUCUGCAUGAACGCUGCCGAAUCGACCAUGUACACAAUCUCGGAGACGGGCGUGGUGACGUGCUACUCUGUGGGAGAAACCCUCAAGUUUGUCUGGCGCGUGGACGUGGGGCCAGAGCUGCUGGCCGCCGAGCUCGACGCCGACCCGGCGGUUGCAGCAACCGCAACGGCAACUGCCGGCGGUUGCGGCUGGCUGGCCAGCUUCUGCCACCUUCUGGAGCUGGACGCGCUGUGCGUGGCCACUCGCGGCGGCACGCUGGCGUUGCUGCACGUGGCGGAGGGCGAGCAGCCGCACCUGGAGCAGGUGGGGCAGGUGGACGGCGGUCUGGUGGCGGUGGAGUGGAGUCCGGAUGGCGAGCUCAUGGUGGCGCUGACGGGAGCCGGCAGUCUACUGGUCAUGAACCAGGCGUGGGAGCUAAUGCUGGAGGCGCCGGCGCUGGGGCCGCCCGCGCCCGCAGCCGCCACAACCGCCACAACCGCCACAGCCGCCGCCGCUGCUGCCUCCGCCACCGAAGCCGCAGCAGCAGCCGUCCCCGGGCCGCGGUACGCGGACGGAGCCAUCUCGUGGAGGGGGGACGGGAAGUUCUUCGCAGUGGUAUGCCGGGAUGCGGCUGUAGCCGCUGCAGCCGCAACAGAGGCUGCGCCGCCGCCACCGUACCAUGUACGGAUCUGGGAUCGUACGACGCUGGAGCCUCACUCGGCAGGCGAGCCUUUCGACUGCCUGCUGCCGCUGCCCGCCUGGCAGCCGAACGGCCGCCACCUGUACGUCGCGGCGGCGGGCGCAACCGCCGCCGCCGUAUCGGCGGGCGCGCCGGCGCCGCCGUCGGCGGCUGUAGCAUGGGGCGGCGACAGUGGCAGUAGCGGCGGCGGUUCAGGGACGGGGUCAGCGGUGCUGAUGUAUGAGCGGAACGGGCUCCGGCACGGCGGGUUCGCGCUGCCAGGCUCGGCGCCUGUGGUGGGCCUGGCAUGGAGCUGUGACUCAGAGCUGCUGGCGGUGGUGAACGCACCCCACCGCGGCGGCGGCGGCGGCGGCGAUGGCGGCGGCGGCGGCGGCGGCGGCGAUGGCGCCAGCGCAAGCGGCGGUGACGAGGGCGGGUCAGGAGACUGGGUUGUGCAGCUGUGGCACCGGAGCAACUGGCACUGGUACCUCAAACACGAGCGCCGCUACGCCCCCGCGCCCGGCGGGGCCCAGGCGGCGGCGGUCGAGGCGGCGGCGGCGGGGGCAGGCGGGCGGCCGCCGCUGCUGCGGUGGGACGAGCAGCGCGGCGGCGUGUUGCACGUGGUCAGCCCGGCGGGCGCAUACGAGCAGGUGGUCCUGGCGUGGGACACGGCGGUGUCGGACCGCGGCACGGCGGCGGUGGUGGACGGCCGGCGGCUGCUGCUGAGCCCGCUGCGGCAGGGGCUGGUGCCGCCGCCCAUGUGCGCCGCGGCGGUGGCGCUGCCCGAGGCGGCUGUGGACGUGGCAAUCACAGCGCUUCCCGCCGCCGUGCCGCCCACCGGCGCCGGCGCCGCCGCCGCCGCCGCGGACGAAGUGGUGGCGGUGCUGACCAGUGGCGGGCGGCUGGCGGUGGCUCGGGCGGUGGAGGAGGACCUGUGGCAGGAGACACUGGAGGACCAAGAGGCGCUGCUGGCCGAGCUUGCGGGCGCACAGCCGCCCGCCAUCGCCGCAGCAGCAGCUACAGCCGCCGCCGCCGGCAGGCUGCUACAGCCGGCGGUGCCGCACCUCGACGUGCCCCUGGCGGGCGGCCGCCGCGCCCGUGCGCUGACGUGGCUCGCCGCCGGUGCCGGCAGUAGCAGCGGCAGUAGCAGUGGCAACGGUGUCGGCGCCGGUAUCGGCAGUAGCAGUGGCGGCGGCGGCGGCGCUGCGUCGUUGCUGGUGCUGGCGGCGCCGUACCCGGAGCCGGGGCUGGAGGAGGGCGAGGGGGACGUGCUGGUGCAGGUGGACCUGCAGUGGCUGAGCUGCGGCCCGGCCGACCCCACAGACCCGCGGCCGCGGCCCGAGCUGCUGCUGACAGAGCGGCCGCCCGUGUACGCCGGCGGCAGGGUCCUGCGCAUAGCGCCGCACGUGGCGGGCGGGGCGGCGGUGGAGCUGGCCAGCGGGGCCGUGCUGAGGUUCGUGCCGGCACCCCCCGUGCUGGGCCCAGGCACCGCCAACACCACCAGCAACAACAGCAACAACAACAAUAACGGCAGCAGCACUAGCAGCAAUAGCAGCGCCGCGGCGACGGGUCGUGUGGUCGGCUGCGGGGCGGCGGCCGCGCUGCCGGCCCCCUGCGCCGUGGUGCGGCCGCUGCCGCCGUCGUCACCCUUCGGACAGGACGCGCCGCCGCUGCUGGGCCUCACGCGCGGUGGGCGGCUGUGCUGGGGCGGCGCCGUGGUGGCGGCGGCGGACGUGACCUCCUUCGCGCUGAGGGCGUAUGGCCCCGGAGGCCCCGCGCUGCUGUACACCACACGCAAGAACCUGCUGUACACGGUGCUGCUGGCGCAGCUGCCCGGCUACACGCACCGCGACCUCACGGCUGACCCGGCCUCGCACCAUCGCAACAGGCACGAGGGCGACGUGCAGGCGGCCAUGCACGCCGCCAUGCGCCCCGACGCCGCCACCGCCGCCUCGCGCGACGUGGCGGUUCGCGCGGUGGAGCAGGGCGCGGUGCUGGUGGGCUGCCCCGCCGGGGAGCCCGUGGAGGCGGCCGGGGGGGCGGCAGUAGCAGCCGGCAGUAGCAGCAGCAGUAGCAGCAGCAGCAGUGGCUGGCGGCUGGCGGACGUGCCGGUGGUGUUGCAGAUGCCGCGAGGGAACCUGGAGGGCAUCUCGCCGCGUGCGCUGGUGCUGGCGGCGCUGGCUGCCGCCCUCAGCCGCCGCGACUUCGCCGAGGCGUGGCGGCUGGCGGCGGUGCAGCGAGUGGACCUCAACCUCCUGGUAGACUGGGGAGCCGGAGGCGGCGGCGGCGGCUGGCAGGCCUUCGCCGCGUCGGCGGCGGCGGAGUUCGUUGCGGCGGUGCCGCGGCCCGCGGACCUGUGUGACCUGCUGUUCGCGCUGCGGCCGGGCAGUGUGUUGGAGGAGGGCGGCGCGUAUGCAGGCGCGCUGGAGUGGCUGGGCGUGCGGCGGCCGGCGGCGGCGGCGGCGGCGGCGGCGGCGGCGCAGCCGGGGGCGGCGGCGCGGCGGCCCGGGGCCUCGACGGAGGCGGGCAAGGGAGAGGCGGGGCAGGGGGCGGAGGCGGGCGGCGGCAAGGUGACGGGCGUGUGUGCGGCGGUGCGGGCGGCGGUGCUGGCGCGGCCGGAUGCCGCCAAGUACUUGGAGGUGGUGGUCACCUCCUUCGCACGGAGCGACCCGCCCCAGCUUAAGGCGGCCAUGAGCGCCAUCCGCGACGCCAAGGAGGCCGAGCUCGUCGGGGCUACAGCAGCCGCUGCUGCUGCUACAGCCAACGGCAACGGUGCCGCUGCUGCUACAGCCGCCCCCGGUGCCGCUGCCGCUGCUACAGCCGCCGGCCACUCGGCGGCUGACAAGGCUCUGAAGCACCUGCUGCUGUACACUGACGCCGACGAACUGUACCGCACAGCUCUGGGCCUGUACGACCUGCCCCUGGCCUACAUGGUGGUGGUGGCGUCGCCGCACAAGGACCCGGGCGAGGCGCUGGCGGAGCUGCAGCGCUUCGGCGCCGUGCGGCCGCAGCCGCUGCAGCGCCACGCCAUCGACCUGCACCUGCGCCGCUACGCCUCCGCCCUGCGCCACCUGGUGGCCGCGGGGCAGCAGCACUUCAGCCAGGCGCUACAGCUAGCCCGCGAGCGCGGCCUGCUGCGGCAGUUGCUGCAGCUGUACGACAACGACCCAGAGCACCGGCCCGCCGUACUUGAGGCGUACGGCCAGCAGCUGGAGGCGGCCAAGCGGUACGACGACGCGGCGGUGACCUACCUGGCGGCGGGCGCGGGGCGGCGGGCGCUGGCGGCCUACCGCGCCGGCGGCAGGUGGCGGCAGCUGUUCAGCGUGGCCGGGCAGCUGGGCAUGGCGGCAGAGGAGGUGCAGGCUCUGGCUGCGGACGUGGUCGAGGAGCUGGCGGGCGGCGGCCAGGCGGCGGACGCGGCCGCAGUACUGCUGCACUACCUGGGUGACGUGGACAACGCAGUACGGACGUACGGCAACGCCAGGGAGUGGCGCGAGGCGGUGCGGGUGGCGCACGCCCACAGCCGACACGACCUGGUGGAGACGGUGGUGGCGCCGGCGGCGGCGGAGAGCGCCAGCUCGCUGCUGACGGAGGCGGGCGAGGCGGUUGAGAAGAUCCGAAAGUACGGGCAGCGGUUGGCAGACGUGCGGGCGCGGCGGUUGGCCAUGGCGGCGGCGCUGGCGGCGGCAGACGAGGAGGCGGACGCGGCGGGCUUGGACUUCGACGCCCAGUCCGACGCCAUGUCAAUGGUGUCGGGCCUGUCUGUUUACACGGACGCAACACACACAGCGCCGCCGGGCUCCGCCGCCGCCGGCGGCUCCGCGGCCUCCUCCGCUGCAGGCGGCGGCUCAUCACGGGCACCCUCCACGCUCGGCGGUCGCCGCGCGCAGGGCGGCAAAAAGAAGAAGACGGGUGCCAGCCGCAUCCGCCAGGGCUCACCCAUGGAGGAGGCCAGCCUGUGCGCGCACCUGCACAGCCUGGCGCCCAGGCCGGCCGCACUGUCAGAGACGGGGCAGCUGCUGGAGCUGUUGGUGAUGCUGGGCCACGCCGACGACGCCCGGGCGCUACAGCGGGCCGUGGCGGGCUGGCAGGCGGCUUACGAGGCGGCACGUGCCGACAUGGCCGCGCACCCGGUGCCCGUGGAGGGUCCGCCGCAUGCGCGCGAGGAGAUGGAGCGGCUGCUGACGCCGGCGCCCGACACGGCCGGUGUGGCGUGGAAGUGGGAGGUGCUGCGGGACUGGGGACCGGCGUAGGGCGGCGCGGGGCAGGGCAGGGGGAACAAGGGCGAGGGGCCGGGCUGGAGGGGCCGGAGGUGAAGGCGUGGGGAGGUGGAGUGGGCGCCACGAAUUGCGGUGAGCAGCCUUUCAGUGCUGGGUGGCGCAGGGGUGCAGUGGUGUGCAGGUGUGCACGGGCAGGGGCAGUUCGUGCACAGCUCGAGUGGCCUGGGGCUGGCGUUGAAUGUACGGUAUGCAGAAAGGCGAAGAUGAGUUUCGUGCGCUCGUGCGGGAGGCCGCGUUUGCAUUUGCUCGUGUGGGGGUGAGCUGCAAUGGCUGGAUUGGUCGAUGCAUGCGGUAAUGCGAGAGUGGUGACCAUGGGUUCAUGCUUUUAGGUCGAAGGGGAGGAUCGAAUAGGGGUGCAUGAGUCAGGAGUGGGCGCUGUCGGCUCUCAGGCGAGCAAAGGGAGCUUGGAAGGGAUGUGCGAUGGGACAGUGGUGAGGCAGGUUGGUGAAGUCCCGUGGGUUGCAGCUGAUUCCCAGAACCCAGCAGAUGGCAUACAAGCUUUGAAGGGAGGCACUCUCAAGCCAAGGGAGCUUGGAAGGGAGGUUGUACGGCUGUGGGGGGGUCCGGAGAAGGGCAUGCCGGACUGCAGUCAACAUGCUGCGCUGGGCCAGGGGACUAACGAGCGCGUACGUCUGAAGGUGCCGCCAGGUGCCGCACCCUGCUGUUGUUGGGAGUGACGUGUGACCCUGGCAGUGCCUUCUUGCCCUUCUGUCACA